GGAGCCGGCGGAGCGGGAGGAGGACAGAGGAGGAGGAGCAGCGCCGCGCCCCCGCCCCGGCCGCCCGCCCGCCGGAUCACAGGCCGAUCGCUUCAACCGCAGCGGGCAGGUCCUGGCCGCCUCCCGCCGGAGCCCGGCGCCGGCAGGGUCCGGGCCGAUGGGCAGCCCCGGGGAGCGGCGGGCGGCGAGGCGGCGGCCCCGGUACGCGCCGCUCCGCGCUCGCGGGCUGUAGCAGGUCCCUGCGGACUGCGUGUCCGAGGGUUUUGCUGUGGCUGUGCCAGCAGGAGCCUGCAGCCCCCUAGGUGAAGGAGAUACUUUUGGCCAGAUGUACUAAGGGAUGUUUCUGAAAAGGACAGGCGUGUUCAAAGUUACUACAACAACUGAGAAACUGUUUGGUUUUGGAGAGACCAUACUCAGAGGAUGUUGUUUGCUUUUGGUUAACAAGAAGAAAAUACAGCUGUCACAGAAGGCUUUGUAAAUAACAAUGCAAUUUGAUUUCCAUCCAUCUUUCUGGUGAGAGUUGGAACUUUUUGCCUCGGUAGACAUGAGCGACCCCAGGCAGUCACAAGAAGAGAAGCACAAGCUUGGCAGAGCCUCUUCCAAGUUCAAGGAUCCUCCCAGAAUCAUGCAGUCCGAUGACUAUUUUGCACGAAAAUUUAAAGCCAUCAAUGGCAACAUGGGACCUGCCACUUCUUUGAAUUCCUCCAGUUCCAAUGAGACUGGUUGUCCAGCCAAUGGUACCCCGGCCGUGCCCAAGAUGGGUGUGAGAGCAAGAGUGUCUGAGUGGCCCCCUAAAAAGGACUGCUCCAAGGAGCUGACCUGCAAGGCUGCCCUGUGGGAAAGCCGGGCUCAGACCAGCUACGAGAGUGUCGCAUCCAUUAUGCACAACGGGCAGAAUGACCAGGGCGACGGGCAGCAAGAGGAGCAGCUGGACCUAGACUUCGUGGAGGCCAAGUAUACCAUCGGAGACAUUUUUGUCCACUCUCCGCAGAGAGGGCUCCACCCCAUCCGGCAGAGAAGCAACAGCGAUGUCACCAUCAGCGACAUCGAUGCCGAGGACGUCUUAGACCAGAACGCGGUGAACCCCAAUACGGGGGCCGCCCUCCACAGGGAGUAUGGGAGCACCUCUUCCAUCGACCGGCAGGGCUUGUCAGGGGAGAACUUUUUUGCGAUGCUCCGAGGGUACCGGGUGGAAAAUUACGACCACAAAGCACUGGCCCCUUUCGGGGUCCCUGAGUUUUUCCCCUGCGACCCCGCCAUCUCUCCCAGCCUCCACGCGGCAGCGCAGAUUUCUCGAGGUGAGUUCGUCCGCCUCUCAGGACUAGACUACAUGGACAGCGCUCUCCUCAUGGGGAGAGACAGGGACAAGCCUUUCAAACGGAGGUUAAAGUCGGAGUCGGUGGAAACGUCCCUCUUCCGGAAGCUGCGGACCGUGAAAAGCGAACACGAGACUUUCAAGUUCAGCUCUGACCUGGACGACGGGCGGCUGGAGAGGGGCGUCCGCCCUUGGAACUGCCAGCGGUGUUUUGCACAUUACGAUGUCCAGAGCAUUUUGUUCAAUAUCAAUGAAGCCAUGGCCACGCGGGCCAACGUGGGCAAGAGGAAGAACAUCACCACCGGGGCUUCUGCAGCUUCCCAGGCUCAGGUGCCCGCCGGCCAGUCGGGUGGCUGUGAGUCCCCGCUGGGGAGCAAGGAGGACCUCAACUCCAAAGAGAACCUGGAUGCCGACGAGGGCGACGGGAAGAGCAACGAGCUGGUCCUCAGUUGUCCCUACUUCCGAAACGAGACCGGCGGGGAGAGCGACAGGCGGAUCGCGCUGUCCAGGGCUAACUCGGCGCCUUUCAGCUCCGGGGAGAGCUGCUCCUUCGAGUCGUCCCUCAGCUCUCACUGCACCAACGCGGGCGUCUCUGUCCUGGAGGUGCCCCGGGAGAACCAGCCCAUCCACAGGGAGAAGGUCAAGCGCUACAUCAUCGAGCACAUCGACCUGGGCGCCUACUACUACCGCAAGUUCUUCUACGGCAAAGAGCACCAGAACUACUUUGGAAUUGACGAGAACCUUGGCCCUGUGGCAGUCAGCAUCCGGAGAGAGAAGGUGGAAGACCCCAAGGAGAAAGAAGGGUCCCAGUUCAACUACCGGGUGGCUUUCAGGACGAGUGAGCUGACGACACUGAGAGGAGCGAUUUUGGAAGAUGCCAUACCCUCUACUGCCAGGCAUGGGACUGCACGGGGACUCCCCCUCAAGGAGGUUCUGGAAUACGUCAUUCCGGAGCUGAGUGUCCAGUGCCUGAGGCAGGCCUCCAGCUCACCGAAGGUCUCAGAGCAGCUGCUUAAGCUCGAUGAGCAAGGGCUGAGCUUUCAGCACAAGAUCGGGAUCCUCUAUUGCAAAGCUGGCCAGAGCACAGAGGAGGAAAUGUACAACAACGAGACGGCGGGACCAGCUUUUGAAGAAUUCCUUGAUCUGCUGGGCCAGAGAGUGCGGCUGAAAGGAUUUAGCAAAUACCGGGCUCAGCUAGACAAUAAAACUGAUUCUACUGGAACGCACUCCCUGUACACCACAUACAAAGACUAUGAGCUCAUGUUCCACGUGUCCACCAUGCUUCCCCACAUGCCCAACAACAGGCAGCAGCUCCUGAGGAAAAGGCAUAUAGGAAAUGACAUCGUGACCAUUGUCUUCCAAGAGCCUGGAGCACUUCCUUUUACUCCCAAAAGCAUCCGGUCCCACUUUCAACACGUCUUCGUCAUCGUCAAAGUGCAUAACCCGUGUACCGAGAAUGUGUGUUACAGUGUUGGAGUUUCUCGAUCAAAAGACGUGCCACCGUUUGGUCCACCAAUUCCCAAAGGCGUAACUUUUCCAAAGUCAGCAGUAUUCCGGGACUUCCUUUUAGCCAAAGUAAUCAAUGCGGAAAACGCAGCCCACAAGUCAGAAAAGUUUCGUGCGAUGGCCACUCGAACGCGGCAGGAGUACCUGAAAGAUCUGGCGGAGAACUUUGUCACCACCGCCACCGUGGACACCUCUGUGAAAUUCAGCUUCAUUACCUUGGGUGCAAAGAAGAAGGAGAAAGUAAAGCCGCGGAAGGACGCCCACCUGUUCAGUGUCGGGGCCAUCAUGUGGCAUGUCAUCGCGCGGGACUUCGGCCAGUCCGCCGACAUUGAAUGUCUCCUUGGGAUUUCCAACGAGUUCAUCAUGCUGAUUGAGAAGGAUUCCAAGAACGUCGUCUUUAACUGUUCCUGCAGGGAUGUCAUUGGCUGGACCUCUGGAUUAGUGAGCAUCAAAGUGUUUUACGAACGAGGGGAAUGUAUCCUUCUGUCCUCCGUGGACAGCUGUGCCGAAGACGUGCGGGAAAUCGUCCAGCGGUUGGGAAUCGUGACCAGAGGCUGCGAGACCGUGGAAAUGACCCUGAGGAGGAACGGGCUGGGCCAGCUUGGCUUCCACGUGAAUUUCGAAGGCAUUGUUGCAGACGUGGAACCUUUUGGUUUUGCGUGGAAGGCCGGCCUUCGCCAAGGGAGCCGCCUUGUGGAGAUCUGCAAAGUGGCCGUGGCCACACUGACUCACGAGCAGAUGAUUGACCUUCUCCGGACAUCCGUGACUGUGAAGGUGGUCAUCAUCCAGCCCCAUGAUGAUGGGUCACCUCGGAGAGGGUGUUCAGAGCUCUGCCGGAUUCCCAUGGUGGAGUACAAGCUAGACAGCGAGGGCACGCCCUGCGAGUACAAGACCCCCUUCCGGAAGAACACCACAUGGCACCGAGUGCCCACGCCUGCCCUGCAGCCGCUGCCCAGGGCCUCCCCAGUCCCCGGCACACCCGACCGGCUGCAGUGCCAGCCGCUGCUCCCGCAGAACCAGGCCGCCAUCCCCCGCAGCACCUCCUUUGACCGGAAGCUGCCCGAUGGCACCAGGAGUUCGCCCAGCAACCAGUCAUCCUCCAGCGACCCCGGCCCUGGCAGGAGCGGACCCUGGAGGCCACAAGUUGGACACGACGGGUGCCAGUCUCCCCUGCUACUGGAGCACCAGGGCUCCAGCCCUUUGGAAUGUGAAGGGUCCAGGGAUCGAGAGGAUACUGCUGAAGGAAGCAGACACUCGGAAACCAAAUGGCACGGCCCACCUUCCAAAAUCUUGAGUUCCUAUAAAGACCGAGGCCUGCAGAAGGACGGAGGCUGCAAAGACUCCCCCAACAAGCUCUCCCACAUUGGAGAGCAAAGCUGCUCCAGCCACUCCAGCAGCAACACACUGUCCAGUAACGCCUCCAGCACCAGCGACGACAAGCACUUCGGGUCUGGGGACCUGAUGGACCCAGAGCUCCUGGGGCUAACCUACAUCAAAGGCGCUUCCACGGACAGCGGUAUCGACACAGCUCCAUGCAUGCCUGCCACGGUCCUGGGCCCUGUGCACCUGCCUGGCAGCCGGUCCCUGGUCCAUGGACGGCCAGAGCAGUGGGCUGACGCCGCUGACAUCCCGGGGCCCGAUGAUGAGCAGGCCAAGCUGUACGCUGUCCACAGCUAUGUGCCGGCCAUCUCCACCAGCGGGGCCACUGACGGCAGCCUGGGUGACCUCAGCGAGAUCUCCUCCCACUCCAGUGGCUCCCACCAUUCAGGAAGCCCCUCCACUCACUGCUCUAAAAGUACCGGGUCUCUGGAUACUUCCAAAGUCUACAUCGUGUCUCACAGCAGUGGUCAACAGGUCCCUGGGUCCACGACCAAGCCCUACCACAGACACGGGGCAGUGAACAAAUACGUCAUCGGCUGGAAGAAGUCGGAAGGCAGCCCGCCACCCGAGGAGCCCGACAUGCCUGAGUGUCAGCGGCUCUACGGGGAGAUGGAGCUCCUGUCUACGGCGGUGCCACAGCAGACCGUGGUGGGCGAUGCUGUUCCGGAAACUCAGCACGUGCUGUCGAAAGAAGACUUUCUGAAACUGAUGCUUCCCGACAGCCCCUUGGUGGAGGAGGGGAGGAGAAAGGAAAGCAGAGUAAGCCUGAGGACGUCAGAAAGGGCAGCUUUCCAGGUGGACAGAGGGAGCCAGAGGCAGUUUUCCUUCUAUGGGAACCUGUCCCCACGGCGCUCGCUGUACCGCACCCUCUCGGACGAGAGCAUCUGCAGCCAUCGGAGGGGGUCUUCCUUCGGCAGCUCCCGAAGCUCCAUCCUGGACCAGGCACUGCCCAACGACAUCCUGUUCAGCACCACCCCACCCUACCACAGCACGCUGCCCCCCCGCACCCAGCCAGCACCCAGCCUGGGGAGCCUGCGCAAUGAGUUCUGGUUCUCCGAUGGGUCCCUAUCAGACAAGUCCAAGUGUGCAGAUCCUGGCCUGAUGCCCCUCCCAGACACUGCCACGGGGUUAGAUUGGACCCACCUCGUGGAUGCUGCCCGGGCAUUUGAAGGUCUUGACUCAGAUGAAGAACUGGGGCUGCUCUGUCACCACGCGUCCUAUCUAGACCAGAGAGUGGCAUCCUUCUGUCCUCUGGCAGAUAUGCAGCAUGGGCAGGACCUGGAAGGGGCCCAGGACCUGCCUUUGUGCGUUGACCCUGGCAGUGGCAAAGAUUUCAUGGACGCCACUGGGGUGCAGUCUCCGUCCACCUUGACUGGGAAAGUCAACCAGCUGGAGCUGAUUCUUCGACAGCUGCAGACAGACCUUCGGAAGGAGAAGCAGGACAAGGCCGUGCUGCAGGCCGAGGUGCAGCACCUGCGUCAGGACAACCUGCGGCUGCAGGAGGAGUCCCAGACGGCUGCAGCCCAGCUGCGCAAGUUCACCGAGUGGUUCUUCAACACCAUCGACAAGAAGCCGUAAGCAGGCCGCCACCCAGCCAGGGGCCCUGAGGGAAGCCUGGAGUCCCUUCACAGUCGCCAACAUGUGGUUUUUCGCUGUGCUUCCGGCCCAUCGUCGCUACGUGUCUGCUGCCCCGCUCUGUCUAGCACCACGUCCCCCGUAGGACAGGGAGCCACGUGUGACCGCAGAGAGCCACGCCCGUGAAGAUGAAUGUAACGCUGGUGUCGAGAUGAAUGUAAACUCUGGUGUCCGCGUGGACCUUUCAGACUCUUCUGAAACGGAGCUCUGGCGUGGGCUUACCUCCCGAGGAAAGAUGGUUGUGUUUCAUCUCCUGUAGAUCAGGUGACCCAGUAGAGAGGUUAAAAGCAAUUCACCAUAGUUUGGGCUUUAGAAUUGUAAAAUAAACAUGAGAACAAAUAAUCAGACGUAUACUUUAAUGUUAAAGGUGCUCUAUUUUUUUGGAUGUACAGUAGUUUUAUUUCCACAGCCACAUUAUCAUAGCAAUAAGAAAGAGGCAGAGGAAAUCGUCAGAAAAGCCCUCCUUGCAGGAGACAGGAAAAGCACUGAUGUGUUGAACACGCUUUCAAAUGCAGUUCCUUUAGAGACAUAUUUAUUUGCAGGAGCAAACGGUGCCUGAAUAUUAACAGUGUUCUGAUUGAAAAAAAAAAAGAUAUGUAUGCCUUGUAAAUGGCUCACUGAGUAGUCACUUCAACUCUUAGUUCACUUUUGUAGAGUUAAUGCUCAGAGUCAACCCGCUAAUCCCUAGAGCUCUCCCAUGUGCCGUGAGCCAGCGGAGCCCCUUGUACAAUGCCAAAUUUGUUUAUCUUUGUACAGAAGCUCUGAUGAAGUGUCUUGUAUUUAACACCCUUAUUUAAGCUUAUUUAACCUUCCAUUGUUAAUUUUAUAAACUUUGGCUGCACCUGCACUAUGACAGAGGGCGGUGUGUAGGUAGCAGCAGGCUCGGAAAAGGAGUGAGCUUGCCGGAGCAGAGUGAUGAGCGGGGCAGGACCGUCUAACAACUGGAUGCUGCUAGUAACAAGUUGUUUGUAUUGCUUUACCAUUUUUAACUGUUCUAUUUGAGAUGAACGUACAUUUUGCUUUUUUAAUAAAUGUGUAAAAGAGUCCA